CUUUCGAUCCACACGGGAGGAAGGUGGAAGAAUUGAAAUCGGGAAUUUUCGCCUGGAGGAGGCCAUUUUUGCCUCAUGCGGAGGAUGACACGACAGAACUUGUGGCCACCACAGUGGCCGACGCGGCUCAUUACCUGGACAUGGCUCUCAGCGCAAGUAAACGCCUCCACGAGUCAACAAUCACCGCCCCGAGCCCCGGUCACCUCUUCUUCACUCUCAACGUCUAUCGAAAUCAUCCCGGUGGAACGGUCAUCGUCCCUAGUAGGUCACGAAUUUGGCGUUCCCUGGAGCUUACCACCAUAAAGCAUUAG